AUGUCCUUCACACCCAGUGAUCAGGAGCUCAGGGCCCAGCUGGUGAUCAGGACUGACAGAGGUAUUGAUCAGCCUAGAAAAACCCUGUGUGAGUGUGACACAUGGGCACAGAUGUAAAAUCAUUACAUAUCUGUUGCGUAUGUUGGUGUAUGUUGAAGUCUCACUGCAUACACUAUUGCCCAGUCAGAAAUGAACCCCUACCCCCCCCUGGACAAUUUUCAUAGAUCUGAAAGAAUCGGAUUGGGUUUAAGCCUGAAAGUAUAGGUCCACCAAGCCCAGAUGGAGUUUCCGCCAUAUUGCUUGCACCAAUCAAACCCUUUUAGAUCUGUAAGAAGUGUCUAUGGGAAAGGAGUUAGGGGUUGAUUAUUAACUGUGCAUCAUGUUACAGACUUGAUCUUUUGAGGGAAAUUCCUUGAGCAUGUCCCCAUACACUGCUCUCCCUCUUCAUCUCUCUCUCUUGUGUGGUCAUCCUCAGGGCAGCUGUGGUUUUCCAUUGCGUUUUCUUCUCAAUCAGUCAGUCACCAAUCGAUCUCCAGGAUUACCAAAUUCACGUGUGGUGCUGUGUGGUUUGACCGGGAAGUCACAUGGCCAGCAGGGUUAUUCCUUUAACUAUAAUUUAAACCAGGAAAUCCCAUUGAGAUAAAUAAUAUUUUUAGAGGGAGACCUGGCUUAACUUCUUUAGCCUAUUCUACUUUAGUGUUUGAAGAUCUUGGAGGCUAGGUGGAGUCAUCACCAUUUUGCUUACACCUACACCCAACUCCAAAAGUUAUUGGCUUGAAUGUCAGUGACUACAACACUGCCGGAUGGUGAUACUGUGAUACUCCUCACCAGGAGAGGGCGUGAUCAUUUACAUUUUUGUCAUUUAGCAGACGCUCUUAUCCAGAGCGACUUACAGUUAGUGCAUACAUUUUAUUUUAUUUUUCAUACUGGCCCCCCGUGGGAAUCGAACCCACAACCCUGGCGUUGCAAGCGCCAUGCUCUACCAACUGAGCUACACGGGGCCCUAUGUGAUCACUACAUGGAAUACAAAUUUGUUUACCUGGGGAAUAAAUUGGGGAUCAUUCAGGUUCUUCUUUGAACUAGUUUUAUGAAGUGAUAGCAUGUUGGGAAUGUUUCGUUUGUUGAAUAAAACAUUCAACAGUGAAGAACAAAGUUGCUCUCCUGUUUACUUCAUUCAUGCCACAGCCAUAGAUCUCUAGACUCAAACCCUAUGGCGGAUAUGUGAUGCACUACUGCAGUUCAAAGUGAAUACCCACUGUCAAACUGUUCCACUGAAAUCUACAUGCCUUUACAUAUACAGAUAUGUCAGAUUAAGAUGGAGUUUGUACCUGCAUAGUUCCUUCAGUAUAUUGUGUCUGAGAGGUCUGAAGGGCCUGUAGCUGUGUAUAGUUCAUUUGUCUGAGUGCGUUUAAGAAAAACUCAUAUCAAAGGGUUCUGUAAUGAAACCAGGCAGGGUGGAGCGAUAGACGAUCAAAAGAGGAAGAAGUGUACAGGCUUUCAUCCUCUCUCUCUUUCUCUUUCUCUCUUUCUCUUUUUUUAAGGGGCUUUAUUGGCAUGGGAAACAUGUUUACAUUGCCAAAGCAAGUGAGAUAGAUAAUAAACAAAAGUGAUUUUUUUUUUUUUUUUUUUAAAUAACAGUAAACAUUACACUCACAAAAGUUCCAAAAGAAUAAAGACAUUUCAAAUGUCAUAUUAUGUGCAAAUAGUUAAAGUACAAAAGGGAAAAUAAAUAAACAUAAAUAUGGGUUGUAUUUACAAUGGUAUUUGUUCUUCACUGGUUGCCCUUUCCUGGUGGCAACAGGUCACAAAUCUUGCUGCUGUGAUGGCACACUGUGGUAUUUCACCCAAUAGAUAUAGGAGUUUAUCAAAAUUGGGUUUGUUUUCUAAUUAUUUGUGGGUCUGUGUAAUCUGAGGGAAAUAUGUGUCUCUAAUAUGGUCAUACAUUUGGCAAGAGGUUAGGAAGUGCAGCUCAGUUUCCACCUCAUUUAGUUGGCAGUGUGCACAUAGCCUGUCUUCUAUUGAGAGCCAGGUUUGCCUACGGCGGUCUUUCUCAUUAGCAAGGCAAUGCUCACUGAGUCUGUACAUAGUCAAAGCUUUCCUUAAGUUUGGGUCAGUCACAGUGGUCAGGUAUUUUGCCACUGUGUACUCUCUGUUAAUUAUUUCCAAUGUGUCAAAUAAUUAUCUUUUUGUUUUCUCAUAAUUUGGUUGUGUCUAAUUGUGUUGCUGUCCUGGGGCUCUGUGGGGUCUGUUUGUGAACAGAGCCCCAGGACCAGCUUGCUUAGGGGACUCUUCUCCAGGUUCAUCUCUCUGUAGGUGAUGGCUUUGUUAUGGAAGGUUUGGGAAUCGCUUCCUGUUAGGUGGUUGUAGAAUUUAACUCCUUUCUUUCUCUCUUUCUUAGGAUGGCACAUGAUUGGCAGCGAGGUAGAAGUAGGAGUCACCACCGAUAUGAGGAAGACGUUGAGGGUGAGUAUGGCAACACAGUUGUGUAGUGUGUGCAUUGUCCACUGUAUGGACGGAGCAGACAUCUGUACAUUCAGUAAGUCAAGUAAAGGGUUCCGGAAGAUAAUGUUGUGUGGAUGGUAACCAUCUCUGUCUCCUCCUUUCUGUAUACUCUCUCUGUCCCGCUCUCUCUCAGAACCCCAGCCAGUGUAUAUUGGCGUUCCGGUAACACACGGUUACAGCAAAAGGAGACGCCGUAAACACCGCUCCCAACGCGAACACGAGAAACAUCACGCACACCGCGUCCAACACACACACCACGAACACACACAUCACGAACACAUACACCAUGACCAUCACCAUGACUACCAGGAACACUACAAAGAGGAGGAGGAGCAGGAACAACAUGACAUAUUUGACCCUGACUCCACAGGUGGGCACUCACAUACACACAUACACAGACUUACAAGUGCAGACACACACACUUUGAGUAGUACACACAUGUGAGAAGCAUAUGACCAGCCACAGUUGUUACUGUCUUGAGGAAUGAUCCCCUGUCAUUACCAGGCAUGUUUAUAACUAGCAGCAGGGUGUGUGUGUGUGUGUGUGUGUGUGUGUGUGUGUGUGUGUGUGUGUGUGUGUGUGUGUGUGUGUGUGUGUGUGUGUGUGUGUGUGUGUGUGUGUGUGUGUGUGUACUCGCAUGCGUGCGUGUAAUGAAUGUUUCCAAGCAUGGUUCCUGUUCCCAUGGGGGCCAGUGUUUUGAAGCUGGUAAGCUGAUUUAGAGCUGAGGAACUAAAACCCUGGUAUACCACCGGUCCUGUGUGCGUGUGCAUACGUGCGUAUUUGUUCAGGGGGGUCGACUGCCCCAAUUCCACAGGAGAAAUAUGUCAUGUCACUGACUCACCAGAGUUGACACCGGUUACUUCAGAGAAUAGAUCAUGGGAUGGUUGGAGGCAAGGAGAAGAACCGGACACAAAAGGUGAAGGAAGGAGUGCACAGCCAAAAGGUGAAGGAAGGAGUGCACAGCCAAAAGGUGAAGGAAGGAGUGCACAGCCAAAAGGUGAAGGAAGGAGUGCACAGCCAAAAGGUGAAGGAAGGAGUGCACAGCCAAAAGGUGAAGGAAGGAGUGCACAGCCAAAAGUGGAGUGAAGUUGAAGUAGUAGUUGUUGUGUGCACGUGUGUGUGUCACAGGGUUAAGGGUACUUGAGGCUGCUGCGGUGGGUGUGUGCGUAGGUGCAUAUGUGUGUGUGUCCGUGCACGUGUCAGGGUGGGGAGUACUUCAGGGUGCUGUGGGGUAUGUUUUGGCCUCUUAAGCCUCUUGGCCCUUCACUGCUCCGGAGAUUUCAGUGGAUUUCUGCUUCAGAUUAAAGCAGACCAAAACAGCUUCACAAGAACACAGCACAGCAGUUCUGGAGCAGGACGGAACACACAGAACAGAGUGCAGCCCUUUGGACCGCUGGGUUCUGACUGACGACACACCAUCCCACACACGGCAAAACAUGGCUCACUAAACAAAGAAUGCCUAUUGUAUAGCGAAAGGUGUUGAGGCAGAGUUGGGAAAAACAGAAGAAAGUAAAGCUAUAAGAAGAGGAGGAACAAGUUGAGAGGGAGAACGGAAGAGCAGGAAAGUUGUGGAGAGGAAAGAAAGAAGGAGGGAAGGAGUGUGUCCACUCUUCUCCUGGUUGUCCUGUCUGUGGAGGUCUAGCCUUGACUCCAGCACCUCUAGCUUUCACCAGAACAAGCCAAUUGUCAAACGGGAAUACGGUGUUGGGGUCUUGUCUGGUACCGCGAGACUAGUGGAGUGCUACCUCUCUGGGCUGGACGGACAUUGACAGCAGCAUCCUGUAGAGUGUUGACCUAUCAGCGGGUUGGGGAUAUCUCUCUUUGAGCUGCUGGUAGUACAGGUGCAUACUAAACGUCUCUGGUUGUGGUUCCUGUGGUUAGUCAUGGAGGACUCUGGUUCCUCCAUCACCUCCAGCAUGGCCUCUCGCUGGACACUGCCUGGCUCACACACAGGUAAAAACAGGAAGAGAGGAGGGGAGGAGGUACAGAGAACAGGAAAAGAAUGGAGUGGACAGCUGGAUCUUAAUGUUUAUUUACUUUCUUAUUAUAACUAUGUUGUUGGUGUCAUUGCUGUGUAGUAUUGGUUCUUAUUUGGGUGUAUUUCAGGGGUGACUUGUCAGUUAUCUGUUCACCUUCGCCAUUUUGGAACUGAUUUAAAAAAUGACAUUGAACAACAACCUGUGUGUAAUAUGUGUUCGUCACAUGGACAUGGCAUUGGAGGUGUCAUAUGAGGCCUGUUUCUCUCAACCUCUGGUCUUUGGACCAGUACCGGUCCCUGGGAUGUUACUGAGCGGUCCCUCAAGUAGAUUGAACAUAGAUUAGUUCUCGUGUGAUAGUUUGGAUCUAAGGUGGAGAACCAUAGCAAGGUGUCUGAACAUGUAUGCACUCACUAACUGUAAGUCGCUCUGGAUAAGAGCGUCUGCUAAAUGACUAAAAUGUAAAUGUAAAAAAUGUGUCUGUUUGUCUUUGACUGGAGUCUGAGGUCAAGAGCAGCCACUCGUCUCAGUGCUCUCUGAAGGACCAGUCUUUCUCUGUCUGUCUUCUCUCUUUCUCUGAUUCACUCUGUUUCCUCUCUCACUCCCUCUCUGUGAACUAUAUUAGAUUGCAUUUUGUAUAAAAUAUGGGCCUCAAGGUCUGCAUGUCGGUCUGUCUGUCUGUCCUCACCCACUGGGCACAGACGUCAAUUCAACAUCUAUUCCACAUUGGUUCAAUGUAAUUUUAUUGAAAUGGCAUGGAAACAACGCUGAUUCAACCAGUGUAAUCUCUUAGAAACAGGGCCUUUCCAUGUGUUGUUCAUGCUGGCUGACUCUUGGCCAGUGCUGGGCAGUGCUCUUAGGCAGUGUGAUGCUUAGCUUAGCUACCCAAUGACGAGAGGAAGGUUAUUCAUUGGCUGUUAUUCAUUGACUGUAUAGAAGGGGUGAGGAGUGAGAGAAGGUUUAGAUGGAUCAGGGUGAGGGUGCAGGGGGGUGUUUACCCGCAUUGACUGGGACUCUGGGACUGACGAGGUGAGUGGGUUAAAGAUUAGAGGUGUUGUUUUGGGUUAGGGGUCGAAGGGAACUCACACAGGAUCAAAAUAAGCUACAGUAGGACCACCAGGAGAGGAGCGACACACACUCACACACACACACACACACAGUGGUGUGAUGGCAGUGUUAUUAGAGCCCUGGGGCUAGGAGCAUGUUAAUGAGCUUUGAUCCACGGACAGGAAAUUCUGAGAGAGUCCUGGUUGGUCACACUACGUCCUAUUUAGUUACAGUUGUGGGCUAAACAUUUUUAAAUGGUUCCUAAUAGUUCCAAAUAAACAAAUAAAUAAAUACACACAUUCUUUUAAACUUCUGAUAACUUGAUGCCCCAGUUUAGUGCACGCUGUCACGACAGUCCAAAGCUGUUGCAUCAACUGUCAAUCAACCGUACAUCCUAGUGGAAUAUCUUAUACAGUACUCACACACAUUGUUAGUAAAAGUGUUUGAUGCAUAGAUACAUAUAUGUUCUAAUUCUAUUUAUAUAGUUUGAUAUUUCUUCUCUUGUGAACUCCAUUUCCCAGUGUCCCCGGCGGCGGAGAGGCUGCGCUACAUCCUGAGUGAAGAUGAUGACGUGCCGACGCCCACUCUGUUUACAGAGAUGGACACACUGCAACACGAUGGAGACGAGAUGGAGUGGAAAGAGUCUGCUAGGUACACACACACAUACCUCAACCAUUUGUGUGUUUCCACCCUGGAGUGUGUGCCCUCAUUAGUUUGAGAUUGUUGGGGGGGCUUUAGGUGGGAUUUAGGGGGAGGUGUUGGUCGAUUAGUUUCAUUAGAAGAGUGUUAGCAGCAGAGCCCUACAGUAGUGUCACGGAGCUGGUGUCAGUCCACCCUGCCUUAAUAACCAGAUAUGGAAACGGUUUCUGGUUUCUCUCCCUCCUCUCCAGGUGGGUGAAGUUUGAGGAGAAGGUGGAGGAGGGAGGAGAGAGGUGGAGCAAGCCCCAUGUGUCCACCCUGACCCUCCACAGUCUGUUUGAGCUGAGGACCUGUAUACAGACCGGCAGUGUACUGCUGGACCUGGAGGGAUACUCCCUGCCACAGAUAGUGGGUGAGUGUGUGUAUGUGUGACCCAGACUAUGGCCCAUUCCCAAAUCAAGUCCUAGUUGUCCCUAUUCCCUGUGCACUUCUGGAGAUCAGAACCAUUUUUUAUAGGUGUAAGCAAUAUGGUUAAAAUCCAUCUUGCCCUCUGAUAGGCCAGGCGGAAGUGCAUAAGGAAGUGGAUAGGGGCUAGGGGUUGAUUUGGGAUUGAGCACAACUGACUCUAGAACUCUCACCCUGACCUCUGACCCCAGAUGACAUCGUGGAUCGCCAGGUGGCAGACGGUCUGAUUGGUCCAGAACUGAGGGAGAAGGUCAGCUUUGUGUUGCUACGGAAACAUCGCCACCAGCACAAGAAACCCAUCCACCGCUCGCUAGCCGACAUGGGCAAAUCAAACACUUCCCCCACCAGUGAGUGUGUGUUGUGUUGUGUGAUCUUGUUGAUUUCAUCUCUAUCAUAGUAUCAUGCUGACUCUACUUAUACAGCAAUAAUAUUUUCUCUCACCUCUUUUCACAAACUGCUUCACCGUCUCUCCUCUGUUUACUCCAUCCUUUCUCUUUUCACUCUCCUCCACCUUUUUCUCCGCUUCUGUCUCUCUCUCCCCCUUUUCUCUCUCCCCUCUCUCCUCCCUCCCUCUGUCUUUUUCUAGGCCGUAGUCCCCAGUCUGUUCAUAAUGUCAGUCGUAGUAACGUCAGUCGUUUUCCUAGUUCAGCCUCUGGCCUCCAUCACUCUACAGAGGACUUACGAGCCAAGUCAGGCAGCUUUGGCCGCCUGCGUGAGUCUACACACAUACUCAAGCACAUAGACACAAACACACACUCAAUGCACGGACGCAUAGACACACAUGUAUACAUACAAACUAGUAUUAUUUUUACCCUCUUUUCUAUCUAUGAUGGCUAACCUCAUAGAGAUAUGAGUUUUAAUUCACAUAUCUAACCUCAUAACCUAAUAGAGAUAUGUGUGUGAUUUCAGUGUGUGAUUGUGUGCAAGUUUUGGUCACACUGUAUUUCGGAGUGCUCCUAAUACACAGUAGUCUCUUGAGCCAGACGGCUUACUUCCGAAAUCUUUGAAUGUGCCGUUGCCCAAGGUCUGGCUACGCAAGACUAAAUACACAGUGAGUCCAUUUUGGGGGAGGGGGGGGGGGGGGGUUGUUUGGGUGUGGGUGUCCUAACCGAGGUAUGUUCCUGUUCUUUCUCUGCGACUUAAUUUGUCCCUAAAUCAUAAAUCAGCUUUUGGGGGAAUGAUCCAUUAGGUCUAACCGGCCGUUGAAACAAUCAGGCAUGCUCUGCUCACACACCCAAGCCAUCUACAGUGCCACACAAAGACAUACAUUCACACAAUAGCUAAAGCUGAUAUUUGCCUACAAAGAUGGGUUAGAGACGUCUACUACUGCCUCUUAUACUCCAUGUCAAAAUUAAACGUACACUACACAAACAUUAAACUGUGAAUACGCAGAGAAGAUUACUAACUUUUCGUCUAGAUGGGAAACUUAGACUUUCACCUACCUAAGUCAUUCAUUGGUGUCAAUAGGGGAAUAGUGUGAGCAUGUUAUUGUGCAUGUGAGUUUGUGUGGAGUACAAUAGUAAUUGGUGUGUGUCUACCUGUUUUUGAUCUGUUUCAGAUCCUGCGCUAAGUCAAAGUAUGAACGAUAUUUCAGACAAGCCAAGCACAGACCAGGUAACACCAAAGAUCAUUGUUCUGUGUGUGUGUGUGUGAAUAAUGAUGGAAAAGUUAUUACAUUGCACAACCCUAAGCUCCUGUUGUUCGUCUCGGCUUAAUUGUUUGGGUCCGUCCACCCGUCAAGAGAGAGGGGGAGAGGGAGAGAGAGGAUAAAUAAUAUUACUGUUCUCAUGUGAGUCACUUGCCUUUCCUUUCGAGGUGUGCCAGAUGACAGAUUUGAGUAUUAUUGUUUAGCUGUGGAUGGAGAUGGUGGGGUGGGGGUGGGAGAGACGCUGAGUAUGUGUAGGGGGCUUUGGGUCAAUGCCCACCCUGACAGAGUUUGGGGGACUUCAAAGCCACACAUACACCAUCUGAGUCUACUUGAAUGAUUUACUCUGGCUUGAUAACCAGGAUUGGGGAGUAACAGAUUACAAAAAAACUGUCAAUGUAAUUUGUUACGUUACCAGCAAAAAUAUUGUAAUCAGAUUACAAAUACUUUUGAAAAACUAGAUGAUUACUUCGAGGAUUACUUUUACAUUCCGAAAGGAUGAAAAGUAUUUGACACCGGAGGAGAAAAGGAGAAAUGCUCACUAACAGGGAUGUAAACAGAUUUGUCCACAAUUUGAGAGAAAUAAGCUUUUUGUGCGUAUGUAAAAUGUAUGUUCUCUUUUAUUUCAGACCAACACUUUACGUGUUGCGUUUUAUAUUUUUGUUCAGUAUAGUAACUGUAACAGAUUACAUUUAGAAAGUAACUUGCCCAGCCCCGUUGAGAACCCUCCGUUCACUUUGAACUGCCGCCACACACAAACACAUAUCCAUAUUCUCAUAUUCAAACUUUUGUACAUGUAGGAGCCUUGACAGCCCGGCUUUAACCAGCACCUGACGAGGUCACAGAGAGAGAAAGCCUGAGACUGUAUGGAGGGAUUGUUUACGUCUGUUCAAGGCAGUAAGUUACUAGCAGAGUACUCUUAGAAAAAAGGAUUGCAAAAGGGUUAUUCGGCAAUCCCCAUGGGAUAACCCUUUGAAUAACCCUUUUGGGUUUCAAGUAGAACCCUUUUGGGUUCCAUGUAGAACCCUCUGUGAAAAGGGUUCCACCCAAAAGGGUUCUACCUGUAACCCAAAAUGGUUCUUCAAAGGGUUCUCCCAUAGGGACCGAAUAACCUUUUUAGCGAGAGAUGGGGAGGGAGAGAUGGGUAGAGAGAGAGCGGGAAAGAGAGAGGUAGGGAGAGAGGUAAAGAUAGAUAGAGGGGGUAGAGGUAGAGCGAGGGGGGGAGAGAGAGAUAUAGAAAGAGAGCGAGAGAGGGAGAGAGGCAGAAGGUAGGUUGACUCUGAAAGCAACACUAAAAGAUUAGCAGGUGAUUUUGACCUAAGCACCAACCACUCCGCUCUCACAUGCUACUGGGGAGAGGCAUGUUUACCACACUGAGAGUUGAGCUUUGUGUGAUUAUGUAUCAGUAAAGGAUACAGCAGUAUUGAGUGGCCAACGGUGGGUGUGUUUGUGUGUGUGUGUGUGUGUGUGUGUAGCAAUAUUGAGCUACAGUACCAUUGGCAUGUGUGUAUGUGCCUCAUGUCCUAUGCAUCACAUGCAGUGAGUGAUCAGCUAUCGAUUAGAUAUCAACACUGACAUAAUGAUGUCUGCGGAUGCGUGUUCUUCUAGCCAAGAUAUGAAAUGCAAUCAUAAUUGACUGUAGCGCAUAUAAAGCACACACAACAGCUACCGGUGGUUCCAUGAUAACUGAAAACACAACUGUGGUACGAACAAGUGACACAUUUCCGGGCAAGGGUGGUCCAUUUAAUAUUCAUUCAUUCUUCCCUUACCCUGCAAGUGUCAACUCAUCAUAAGUCAUGCAUGAUACGUCACCAGAAGUGUCCACUUAAUUUGAGGCCUGAGGGGAGAGGGUGUGUCUUGUACGUGUUUGGAAUGCAGACCUGGUCUCUCUUUCAUCUCUAAAUAAAUCUCUCAUGUUCCUCUGCCACCUCUCCGUCUCCAUUCUCUCUCUCUUACUCUACCAUCCUGCUUUCUCCCCCCUAGAUGAAAAACAAGUUCAUGAAGAAGAUUCCUCGUGAUGCAGAGGCGUCCAACGUUCUGAUUGGAGAAGUCGACUUCCUGGAUAAACCGUUUGUAGCGUUCGUACGUCUGGCCCAGGCUACCACACUGGGAGGCCUGACUGAGGUCCCUGUACCUACCAGGUGUGUGUGUGUGUGUGUGUGUGUGUGUGUGUGUGUGUGUGUGUGUGUGUGCUGCUGCUCUACAGCUGUUAACCCCUUGUCUCCUGGCAGGUUUCUGUUUGUCUUGCUGGGUCCUCAUGGCAAAGGCAAGUCCUACAACGAGAUUGGCCGAGCCAUCGCCACGCUCAUGGUGGAUGACGUAAGAAUGAGCGAAUCCUUUUUUGGUGUGCUUAAAUGUUCAUUAAGCUGAGUCAAGUUACAAAAAACCGAAUGAGGGACAAAAGUUUUUGAUUGUUUUCAUUUGUUUGUUUUUUCGUUAUUCAGUGGAUAUGUUACCUUACACACUCAAUCAGUAUGUUACAGCCAGGGCUCUGCAGUUAAUCUCUGACCUCUUUAUUGACAUACACACACACACCAUCAUAUGCUGUGUGUAACUGUGUGCUCUGCUGUCCUGUCAGUUGUUCAGUGACGUGGCGUAUAAAGCCCGGGACCGUGAUGACCUGAUCGCUGGGAUUGAUGAGUUUCUGGAUGAGGUCAUUGUUCUGCCCCCAGGGGAGUGGGACCCCAAAAUACGCAUCGAGCCCCCCAAGAAGGUCCCCUCUGCUGACAUGAGGUACAAACUAUUUAUUUAGUGACUGACUGAUUAACUGAAACAUUGAGUUUAGUCUAGUAGGAUCCUCGUUAGAUGUUGCAUAAAGCCCCAGCUAUUCUUCCUGGGUUAGUUAGUUGGUUAGUUAGUCCAAACUCAACACUGAACCUCCACCCCCCCCUACCCAAAAGGAAGUCUGUGCUGAACCUGAACGAGCUAGGCCAGGUGAACGGGACGGCUGGGGGGGCAGGAGGAGGAGAGGACGAGGUGAUGCCCGCCCCCCACGAACUGGGAGAGGAACUGCAAUUCACUGGCAGGUAUGGGAGCACUGGGUGGUCUACUUUCCUAUCAUUUAAUCUCCAGGCCCCCAAAGUACCAUGCAGGCACUCUGGCAUCACAAUUGUCAUUUGAAACCAAUAAAAACAAUUUGAAGCAGAGGCCAAUAGAACUAGCCGGGGGGGGGCUUACCUGUGUGUGUGUGUCCCAGGUUCUGUGGAGGCCUGUGGCUGGACAUUAAGAGGAAGGUUCCGUGGAUCCUUAGUGAUUUCUCCCAGGGCUUUCACAUCCAGUCCAUCUCUGCUGUUCUGUUCAUCUACCUGGGCUGCAUCACCAACGCCAUCACCUUCGGAGGCCUGCUGGGGGACGCCACAGACAACUACCAGGUACAGUGAGGGAAAAAAGUAUUUGAUCCCCUGCUAAUUUUGUACAUUUGCCCACUGACAAAGAAAUGAUCAGUCUAUAAUUUUAAUGGUAGGUUUACUUGAACAGUGAGAGACAGAAUAACAACAAAAAAAUCCAGAAAAACGCAUGUCAAAAAUGUUAUAAAUUGAUUUGCAUUUUAAUGAGGGAAAUAAGUAUUUGACCCCUCUGCAAAACAUGACUUAGUACUUGGUGGCAAAACCCUUGUUGGCAAUCACAGAGGUCAGACGUUUCUUGUAGUUGGCCACCAAGUUUUCACACAUAUCAGGAGAGAUUUUGUCCCACUCCUCUUUGCAGAUCUUCUCCAAGUCAUUAAGGUUUCGAGGCUGACGUUUGGCAACUUGAACCUUCAGCUCCCUCCACAGAUUUUCUAUGGGAUUAAGGUCUGGAGACUGGCUAGGCCACUCCAGGACCUUAAUGUGCUUCUUCUUGAGCCACUCCUUUGUUGCCUUGGCCGUGUGUUUUGGGUCAUUGUUAUGCUGGAAUACCCAUCCACGACCCAUUUUCAAUGCCCUGGCUGAGGGAAGGAGGUUCUCACCCAAGAUUUGAUGGUACAUGGCCCCAUCCAUCGUCCCUUUGAUGCGGUGAAGUUGUCCUGUCCCCUUAGCAGAAAAACACCCCCAAAGCAUAAUGUUUCCACCUCCAUGUUUGAUGGUGGGGAUGGUGUUCUUGGGGUCAUAGGCAGCAUUCCUCCUCCAAACACGGCGAGUUGAGUUGAUGCCAAAGAACUCCAUUUUGGUCUCAACUGACCACAACACUUUCACCCAGUUCUCCUCUGAAUCAUUCAGAUGUUCAUUGGCAAACUUCAGAUGGGCAUGUAUAUGUGCUUUCUUGAGCAGGGGGACCUUGCGGGUGCUGCAGGAUUUCAGUCCUUCACGGCGUAGUGUGUUACCAAUUGUUUUCUUGGUGACUAUGGUCCCAGCUGCCUUGAGAUCAUUGACAAGAUCCUUCCGUGUAGUUCUGGGCUGAUUCCUCACCGUUCUCAUGAUCAUUGCAACUCCACGAGGUGAGAUCUUGCAUGGAGCCCCAGGCCGAGGUAGAUUGACAGUUCUUUUGUGUUUCUUCCAUUUGCGAAUAAUCGCACCAACUGUUGUCACCUUCUCACCAAGCUGCUUGGCGAUGGUCUUGUAGCCCAUUCCAGCCUUGUGUAGGUCUACAAUCUUGUCCCUGACAUCCUUGGAGAGCUGUUUGGUCUUGUCCAUGGUGGAGAGUUUGGAAUCUGAUUGAUUGAUUGCUUCUGUGGACAGGUGUCUUUUAUACAGGUAACAAGCUGAGAUUAGGAGCACUCCCUUUAAGAGUGUGCUCCUAAUCUCAGCUCGUUACCUGUAUAAAAGACACCUGGGAGCCAGAAAUCUUUCUGAUUGAGAGGGGGUCAAAUACUUAUUUCCCUCAUUAAAAUGCAAAUCAAUGUAUAAAAAUUUUGACAUGCGUUUUUUCAGGAUUUUUUUGUUGUUAUUCUGUCUCUCACUGUUCAAAUGAACCUACCAUUAAAAUUAUAGACUGAUCAUUUCUUUGUCAGUGGGCAAACGUACAAAAUCAGCAGGGGAUCAAAUACUUUUUUCCCUCACUGUAUACCCACACACACAUACACAUACACACCAACAUGCAUAAGUUACACACCUUCUCCACUUCUAAGUACACACACACACCUGUCUCAACUCUGCUCCCCCUCCCCUCUCUCUGUGUCAGGGUGUGAUGGAGAGUUUCCUGGGUACAGCGUUAGCAGGAACAGUGUUCUGUCUGUUAGGAGGUCAGCCCCUCAUCAUUCUCAGUUCUACCGGACCCAUCCUCAUCUUCGAGAAAUUGCUCUACGAGUUCUGCAAGUGAGCCAUACACACAUGCACGGUAUCUGUCUGAUCCUUGUUUUGUGCACUUAGUUUGUUUCUUCUGAUGCUGGUGUGUGUGUGUGUGUGUGUGUGUGUUUGUCCCAGGUCUAACACUAUAGACUACAUGGAGCUACGUCUGUGGAUUGGUCUCCACUCCUGUCUGCAGUGUCUGAUCUUGGUCGCCACGGACGCCAGUUACAUCAUCAAAUACAUCACACGCUUUACCGAGGAGGGCUUCUCCAGCCUCAUCUCCUUCAUCUUCAUCUCCGACGCCAUCAAGAAGAUGGUGGGUCACACACAUGGGCGCACGCACUCACACAAGCACACCCUCACACACUGUCUUAACUGUUUAUCUAAUGUGUUACUACAGGUGGGAUCCUUUAAGUACUACCCUAUCAACCGUGGCUUCAAGCCUGACUACGUUACCACAUACAGGUGUGAAUGUAUCGCACCAGACCAGGGUGAGCUUUCCUCCUCCUCUCCAUCCUCUUCUUCUACUGUCUUUCCUCCUCAUAUCAUUCUUCCUCUUCUCCCAUUCUUCCUCCUCCCACUCGUCCUCCUCCUCCCCUCUCCUUCUUAUUUGGGAGCUUUACUAGAACUCACACCAAUGAAGUGCAGUAUUGCCAUCUGCAGGACAGUUUAGGGAGUUCACAUCCUUGACAUUGCUAUUCCAAACAUAUCCCCUAGUUUGGGGGAUGUGUAUACUAUAAUAAUAAUACUUUGGGGGGGGUGCUUAUAUUUUCCUGUUACACACAAGUGCGUAAUGAAAAUAUGUUUUUUUGCAUAUUCCAACUCCCCCUGAGACACCCAAAGGGAGUGGGGUCAUGGCCUGGGUCUCCAUUGUACAGCGCCCCUGGAGCACAGCAACAGAUUUUUUCACCUUGUCGGCUCCGGUAUUCGAACCAGCCACCUUUCGGUUACUGGCCCAACACUCUAACCUCGAGUCUACCUGCCGUCCCUUGUACUGUCUGUGUUCGCUCUCCUAACUACUGUAACUGAUGCGUGUGCUGUCUGUUUCUGCUUCUCUCUCUCUCUCUCUCUGGCUGCUAUCUGAGUGAGUAUACCUCUAUUGCUACAGCAUGCUACAAGUCUGUCAUGUUCCCAUAAAACUGGCAUCAUGUAAUCUAGCUGGGGCACCUGACUUCUCUCUAUCUCUCUUUCUCUAACAGCUGCUGCGAUGGGUUUUAAUGUUUCAGUUCCACUAGCAGACGAUAACAUGACUGAUUUGGUAAGUGGCUCGGGAACUAACGGGGAGUCAUUCACUCAUCUGUUUCUCAGAUGGUUGAGUCUAUGGGGGACAGUCUGCCUGUGGUCAAAAUAGACUGUAGGACUUAACAUAGUCACCGGACUAGCAGCACUGUGCUGCCUGUCCACUUCUGUUUCUGCACUACUCUGUAUUCCCUCUUCCCUUGUUUUUUUUUUCUUCUCUCUCUCUCUCUCUCUCUCUCUCUCUCUCUCUCUGUCUGUCUGUCUGUCUGUCUGUCUAGUAUAACAUAACAGGUCUGGACUGGAGUCAGCUGAGUAAGAAGGAGUGUGUGAAGUAUGGCGGCGCCCUGUUGGGGAACUCGUGUAAGUACGUACCUGACCUUGCCCUCAUAUCCUUCAUCCUGUUCUUCGGGACCUACUCCAUGACCGUCUCCCUCAAGAAGUUCAAGACCAGCCGCUACUUCCCCACCAAGGUGAGAGACACAGGGGGACAUAGAAUAUGAGACAAUGGAUGCAGGGGAUCAUUGUUUGGUGUUUUUUGGGUGAUGGGUAGAUAGUGUAAACUCAACGUCUUCCCUUAGCUGUCAACUCCCCCCUCCCCCCCCCCCCCCCCCCUCCAUCACCACCCUGUCACCUCUCCCCAUUUUACCCCUCUCCUUCUCCCCAACCCCCCCCAUCCUCCCCCACCCUUUCAUUUCCCGUCCAUGUCCCUCCUCUUCCUGUCUGUGCUCCAGUGCCGUUCCCUGAUUGGUGAUUUCUCCAUCAUCAUCUCCAUCCUGGUAUUCUGUGGGAUAGACUACCUGUUAGGCCUGGACACGCCUAAACUGCACGUGCCCACUGAAAUCAAGGUCUUCUCCUCCCCUCAUCCAUCGCUCCCUCUCUCUCUCUCUCUCCUGCUCGUUCUCUCCCUCUAUAUCUUCCUUCUUGCUGAAAUGAUUAGCGAUCAAAAGUAUCUUUAAGUGAAUGAUUUUCAGACAUUAACAUACUGACAUUCACACUUCUCUCUUUUAUUUCAUCCCUCUCUCCUGUAUUUGUUUUGUACCUCUCUGUCUUUUUCUCUGCAUCUCUUCCGCCCCUCUUUUUGUCUGUCUGUUUGUCUGCCUGUCUGUUUGAUUCUUUAUCUGUGUGUGUGGGUGGGCCUAGCUAAGGAAGCUGAUCAGUGAUUUCUCCAUCUUCAUGUCAAUCAUGACGUUUGUGGGUCUGGAUAUGCUUGUAGGGCUGGACACACCCAAACUAAUCGUACCCACAGAGUUUAAGGUAUUUCUAAUCCUUAACCCAAUAUGUGUCCGUGUGCGUGAUUCACAGAUGCAUGCAUUGUCAGUGUGAUUCAAUCUGUUUGAUUUUGGCCUAUGUGUAUGAGUUGCAUGUGAGUUGCAUGUGUAGUCCAUACAGGACUCACUUGAAAAAGAGACCUGGGUCUCAAAGUAACUCCCUGUGUAAAUAAAGGUUACAUAAAUGCGUGUGUGUUGUAGCCGACGCGUCCAGACCGUGGCUGGGUGGUGAUGCCGUUUGGUAAGAACCCGUGGUGGGUAUAUGUGGCCAGUGCCGUCCCUGCUCUCCUGGUAACCAUCCUCAUCUUCAUGGACCAACAGAUCAGCGCUGUCAUCGUCAACCGCAAAGAGAACAAACUCAAGGUACAGUAAGGCCGCAAUAAUAACCUAACAUGACUGCAACCAUAAACACACUUACUUACUUAGGCCUGUCGCUCCCAAGGGAGCAUAGGCCAUCGGCGAAUCCUCUCCAUCGCACUCUGUUCUGAGCUGUGUUCUCCAAAAAACAUCAACAUAAAUACAAUAUAAACACGACCAUUCAAUAACCAUAAAUACAACCAGGAACACAUCUCUUGAAUGCUAUCUCUCCCCUCCCUUACGCUCCACUCCCCAUCUCCUCCCCUCCUUCUCCCUCCCCUCCAACAGAAAGGUUGUGGGUACCAUCUAGACCUCUUCUGGGUGGGUAUUCUGAUGGCAGUGUGCUCCUUCCUGGGCCUGCCCUGGUACGUGGCUGCUACUGUCAUCUCCAUCGCCCACAUCGACUCUCUGAAGAUGGAGAGUGAGUCCAGCGCCCCAGGAGAGCAGCCCCAGUUCCUGGGAGUCAGGUAGGGAGGGGAACGGGGUUUGUAUGAGUGAGGAGAGAUCUAGAUGUUGUGUGUGUGACAGGGUGAGUGUGUUAGAGGUUGACGGUGAUGUUUGUUCUAACUGUGUGUGUGUGUUAUACGUAGAACAGAGGUUGACGGUGAUGUUCUAACUGUGUGUGUGUUUUACAGGGAGCAGAGGUUGACGGGUAUUCUGGUGUUUGUCUUAACUGGAGUUUCCAUCUUCCUAGCUCCUGUCCUUCAGGUGAGUCAGUGAGAGAAUGGGCCUCCACUUCACAUAGUGGGUGGUGUUAUGGAGGAUUGUGUUAACUUGUAUAUUGUGUUUCCCCCAGUAUAUCCCCAUGCCUGUUCUCUACGGUGUCUUCCUCUACAUGGGAGUAGCCUCACUCGCAGGAAUACAGGUACAUUUAUGUGUGUGUAUGUGCACUCGUAUGCCUGUCUGUGUGUGUGUACUCACCCUCUUCCUCUCUCUCUCCUAGUUCUGGGAACGUAUCAAGCUGUACCUGAUGCCAGCCAAGCACCAGCCAGACUUCUCCUUCCUGCGUCACGUUCCUCUGCGGAGGGUCCAUCUCUUCACCCUGGUCCAGAUCAUCUGUCUGGCUGUCCUCUGGAUCCUCAAGUCUACUGUAGCUGCCAUCAUCUUCCCUGUCAUGGUGAUUGCACUGUGUGUGUGUCUGUGUUGGAGGGGUAGUGGUUUAUCCUGUCGUGGAAAUUCAACACCAUGGACACCUAAAGUCAAUAUUAAAUUAAUAAUGAUUUAUUAUCAGCAAGCUGGAGAGGUUCCAACAAACUUAAUGCACCAUAGUACACGUCAGACGGGAGCUCCGUCGGGGCAGUCCCAUUAGUUAUCUUAUAUACUGCUUACACAGACAAGUUAUAUUUGCAUGAUUUACAUGAUCCAUUAUUCAUAAUUAAUUCAUCAUUAACUUUUGGUUCAUGCAUGUGACUCACCAAUACCUCACGAGGCUUCUACUCUCCAAGCUGAGACCUUGAAACUAAGAUAUCCCUUUCCGUUCUCAAAGCAAUAUUCUGGGCGUACAGCCAAAUUGCUUAUACUGAUAGUGAGGAUUCCGCCCAGGCACAAUCAAUCAGUCACUUGCAUGAACCCAGUCGAAUUGGUUAUUAGAAAAGCACAAACAUAAAAUGUUCCUUCACACUCCUCUCCUAGGCAAUCAGCAAUUAGUACCGGGAGGUGUGCUCUUCACCUCUGCAAGGCAAUUAGUGUUAGUACUUCAGUCUACCCUGUUUUCUCAGCGGCUGUCUCAUUGCAAAACUAAGACCACCACUGAAACAAAGACAGUUCGGCCGAGUUAUUCUGCCGAGUUAUUUGAGGAAGGAAAGACAGGAAGACUCCACACCACUCUCUCAUUUGAGGAUCUUACGUAGUUGUUUUCAGAUGAUCUCAUUUUGCUCUUUUGUAGUUUUGUCAACUAUGUGUGUGUUUUCUAUACCUGUUCGCUCCUCUCCCUGUAGGCUUUACAGACGCUCCCCACCCCUUGGCUGCAACCCUUCUAAUUUAGUGUACCCUGCACGCACAACCCCUGUAGAAUUCCUGGUCUAUGGCAGCGUUUGGAACUGCCGAUCUGCGGUCAUGCAUCUCGGCCUAUGCUGCCCUUCAGUCCCUUGACUUGGCCCUGACGGAGACACGGAUCACCCCAUAGAAAGCUGCUACUCCAGCAGCUCUCUUCAUCGGACUACGUUUUCUCUCAUAGUCCAAGAGCAUCUGGUCGUUGUGGUGGUGGCACAGAGCUACUAAUUUCUCCUGUGGAGAUUUUCUAUUUUCUCCCUCACACCUGUCCAUCUCCUCAUUUGAAUUCCAUGCUGUCACGGUCACUUGUCCACUCAAGCUUAACAUUGUUGUCAUCUAUCACCCACCAGGUCCCCUUAGAGUUCCUCAAUGAGCUUGAUAAGUUAAUUUCCUGACGAUGGCUCACCGCUCUUUGUACUUGGCGACUUCAACCUUCCUACGUCUGCCUUCAAUGAAUUGAUUUCUAACUCUUUCUUUCCUCUCCUUGCCUCUUUUGACCUCCACCCUUUCCCAGUCUCCUCCCACUCACAAGGCAGGCAAUAUGCUUGACCUCAUUUUACUAGAGGCUGUUUGCCUACUAAUCUCACUGCAACCCCCCUCCAAGUCUCUGAUCACUACUUUGUUUCCUCUUCUGUCUCCCUCUCCUCCAACCCUAGCCUAUCAGCCCCUAGCCAGACCUAUCAUCCUUUCAUUUCCUCCUCUCUACCUUCUCUUCCUCUGUAUCUGCUGCUAAAGCCACUUUCUAUCCCUCUAAAUGUCAAGCUCCUGCCUCUAACCCUAGGAAACUCUUUUCCACCUUCUCCCCCCCCCCCCCCCCCCCCCCCCCCAACUUUGUCAACCACUUUGAAAAGAAGGUUAAUGACAUCCGUUCCCCAUUCACUCAGCCUAUAGAGUCCACUGGUCCCACUCACACAGAACUACCCUACGCCUUUCUCCCCCCUCUUCAGAUGAAAUCAUGCAACUAGUGAGGUCCGGCCGCACAACAACCUGCCCACUCGACCCCAUCCCCUCCUCCCUUCUCCAGACCAUCUCUGGAGACCUUCUCCCAUACCUCACUUCCUUCAAACUGGUCAGUCACUCCCCUCCUCAAGAAACCAACACUUGACCCCUCUGACGUAAAAUACUACCGGUAUCCCUUCUUUCUUUUAUUUUCUAAACACUUGAGCAUGCUGUCUCUGACCAACUCUCUCGCUAUCUCUCUCAGAACGAUCUUCUUGACCCUAACCAGUCAGGCUUCAAGACGGUUCACUCAACUGAGACUGCUCUUCUCUGUGUCACAGAGGCUCUCCGCACUGCCAAAGCUAACUCUCUCUCCUCUGUUCUCAUCCUCCUAGAUCUAUCCGCUGCCUUCGAAACCGUGAACCACCAGAUUCUCCUCUCCACCAUCUCAGGGCUGGUCGUCUCAGGCUCUUCACACUCUUGGAUUGCAUCCUACCUGGCAGGCCGCUCCUACCAGGUGGCGACACGCAUCUCUGCGUGCCUGGCAGAUAUCUCAGAUUGGAUGUCGGCCCACCACCUCAAACUCAACCUCAACAAGACGGAGCUGCUCUUCCUCCCGGGGAAGGCCUGCCCACUCCAAGACCUCUCCAUCAUGGUUGACAACUCCACGGUGUCCCCCUCCCAAAGUGCAAAGAACCUUGGCGUGACCCUGGAAAACACCAUGUCGUUCUUUGCAAACAUCAAAGCGGUGACUCACUCCUGCAGGUUCAUGGUCUACAACAUUCGUAGCAUACAGCCCUGCCUCACACAAGAAGCGGCGCAGGUCCUAAUCCAGGCACUUGUCAUCUCCCAUCUGGACUACAACUCAAUGUUGGCUGGGCUCCCCACUUGUUCCAUCAAACCCCUGCAACUUAUUCAGAAUGCUGCAGCCCGCCUGAUGUUCAACCUUCCCAAAUUCACCCAUGUCACCCCGCUCCUCUGCACACUCCACUGGCUUCCAGUCGAAGCUCGCAUCCACUACAAGACCAUGAUACUUGCCUAUGGAAUAGCAAGAGGAACUGCCCCUCCCUUCCUUCAGACUAUGCUCAUACCCGACACCCAAACCUGAGCACUCUGUUCUGCCACCUCUGGUCUUUUGGCCCUCCCACCCCUAUCGGAGGGCAGCUCCCACUCAGCCCAGUCCAAGCUCUUCUCUGUCCUGGCACCCUAAUAGUAGAACCAGCUUCCCCCUGAAACUAGGACAGCAGAGUCCCUGCCCAUCUUCUGAAAACAUCUGAAACCCUACUUCUACAAAGAGUAUUUAAAUAAUCCCACAGCACCCGCCCCCUUCGCACCUCCUCACGCCAGAUUUAUGCAGCAACAGAGUGCUCCUUUUUCUUUAUUCUCCCACUAGUCACCAGUGGAAGUAUCCUGGGGUAAGGAAUGUUUUGGGGAUUUUAAAGUCCCUCAGUCGAGCACCUGAUUUCCCCUAUUAAGUUUAAGCGCGUUUUGGUAGACCUUCUUUCCAUUGUAAAUGUGUGUGUGUGUGUGUGUGUGUGUGUGGUGCAUAGAUUGAAGGGGAUACUUUUUUUCUAUGUGUAGAUCCUGGGUCUGAUGGUGGUACGUAAGAUGAUGGACCUGAUGUUCUCUCAACACGACCUGGCCUGGCUGGACGACAUCCUGCCGGAGAAAGACAAGAAGAAGGAGAAAGGUGGGAUGAAAAAGAAAGACAACAAAAGGACCAAAGCAGCCGAGCCGGAGAGCGACGAGGAGGUGAGAGACGAGGACUAGCAGACACACACACACAGUGCCAGAAUGACAGUGGGAGGAGGAUGUAAUGUCUGUGUGGCGUGUAGGAGUGGCUCCAUCUGUUUUGUUGAGUGUUUAUAUCUAUGCGUGUUGUUCCUCGGAUUGUUAUCUCUGACUAAUAUGUUUCUCUUUUCUCUGUCCCACAGUGUUGCUGAAAAGGCACUGUAUAACACUUACUAUUGCCUGUCUGUCUCGAUGUUGGUCUGUGUCUGUCUGUCUGUCUGUCUGUCUGUCUGUGUGUGUCUUGAUGUCUUUCUCCCUCCCAAUUCCACCUGCAUGGUUCAAAACUGUCUGUGGAGUAGAAUUGGGCCAUUUUGCUUAUAUUUAAACAUGCAGUGUGUGUGAGCGUGUGCUUGGAUGUGUGUGUGUAUUUGGGGCAUCAUCCCUCACGUCUCUGUUAAGCCACUUCUCUAUCGAUUCCUCCUGCAUGCUGAUAGUUCCCUCCGGUUCCCCCCUCUGUCACAGCCCAAGAGUCCCCUCCCUCCUCCAGUGAAGAUACCCAUGGACAACAUAGACCCGCCUUCAGCACCUGACCCCUCUGUAAGCCCACCCACCCAGCCCCUCGUCUCUGACUGUGAGUAAACCUCUCUUUUGAGGGACCCAAGGAAUGUGGACUGUUGUGUGUAUUCUUGUGAUGUCAUUAUUGUGCGACAGAAGGAGCAUAUAAUACUGUGAUGUUACUGAUGUGCAACUUUAGAGAAACUGAUGUAUGUUAUGAGACACUGAAGGUGUUAUUCUUUUUUUGGUCCUCCUUCACCAAUUCUUCACUCUGCCAUUCAACUCUGUGUGUGUGUGUGUGUGUGUGUGUGUGUGUGUGUGUGUGUGUGUGUGUGUGUGUGUGUGCGCGUACAGGAGACGAACGUUUACACUAGUGUCAAUCCAGAUGACAGUGACCGGAUACAUCCCCCCCGGCCCUGACACACACCGACUGGGGAGUACACUGCCAGCGUGACCACAUCUACGACUACUCACACACACAUGCAAAAACACACACACAUACAUACACUUACUACUGCCAGCUAGACUACUGACAACUACUGUACAAUUACUGACACAUGCACAGCUAAUAACUAUUAGCAAACAUCCAUUUACUAUUAGCAUUAUUUACCACUGUUUUUACUUUAAAAAACGUAAUACACAUUGAAUUUCAUAUAAAUAUAUACAAAUAUUCUAUAAACUGUAGAUAUGAUGUGAUAUUUAACAUGUCAACAUAUGUCUAUUAAAUUCAACUGGAUAGUAGUUAGUUAUUAUACUUUUAAACAUUGUACAAAUCACAGUAGUGUCUGGGAGGCAUACCCAGACACAUGGAUCACACGCCGCUCGGAACCAUAAGUCUAUAGUCCGAGGCUGUUGGAGCAUAGAUCGCAGUGUGUGGACUGAGGUUUAUUUUCGCUCAACAUAUUCUCUGAUCUCCAGCACCUGCUUAAGCCCACUGGAUGUUGUGUAUGUUUUCUUGUGCUAUCCUCUGGCCCUACUGGAGAUGUUUUUGUGAGGGCAGACUGAUAGUCGUUAAGAUACCAGAGCCCAUGCGCCUGAAAGCAAUGCAGAAGUUGUUUUUGUGUUUGUUUUGAUGUCUUCCAUGUGUAAUUUAUUCACUGUGUGCCAUGUGGUUUGUAGCAGGAACCUCUUGUACUAAUGUAAAGACUACUCUGAAGGCACAGUUGGAAAAGGAAGGGUUAUAAUGUGAUUAGUAAUCCAAUAUUAUAAUACAAUGUUAUUCUGCCAUCUGUAAAUUGACCGCAAGAAGCUAUCAAAUUGCUAUUAAUUUGCAUGUCGUCGUCGUCGUCCCCCCCCCCCCCCCCCACCGCUGUAUUUUCCCACUAGCAAUGACCUUGCUGAAUAAUACUUUGUUGAGGGAAAAUGUACUUGAUACGAUUGUGAUGUUGUCUCACCCACAGUAGCUAUCUUAAGAUGAAUUAACUAAUUCUAUGUCGCUCUGGAUAAGAGCGUCUGCUAAAUGACUCAAGUGUAAAAUGUCCUGAGGGAAGGUGGUUGUUAUGGGUCCGUUGGAGACGUCUACACUCUCCAGGUCUGGUCAUUUACUAUUGUCAUAUUUUGGUAAUUAUAAGACUUCUCUGACCUAUAAUGGAUCAGUUGUCAUUUCCAUUGCCAGUCCCAGCUAGUUCUGUCAGCCACUGCUCUCUCAAGACAAGUGAAUGCUGGACUCGUGUGUGUGUGUGUGUGUGUGUGUGUCUGGGACAAUCAACUCCUGAGAAAUAGGGAAAUACACAUUUUGGUUACAUUAUUUUACUGUAGGUUAUGAACCUGCUGCAGUACAAUUAUGGGACUUUUGGUUGUUUCUUUUUAAACAGUACAAAACGUCCUACACACAGUGUUCUUCGUCCUCCAGCUAACACUGUGAUGUAUCUUCUAACACUCUCCGUUGGGAGCUUUUGUCUGUCGGGAAUAUCUGUCUCAACUCACCUCAACCCCACCACAAUCCAUAAACGUUUUGUGACCGUUCAAACACACACACACCCUCCUCUACGCCUUUCUAAAUACCCCAUAGCCUUUUCCCUCUGCCGUUCUCUCUGUGUGUGUGUGUGUGUGUCUGUCUGGCUGUAUGAAUGCACUUGCGUAUGUUUGUGCAUGUGUGUUUUCCCCUUAUGUGAUCCUGCUCUUGGCAGUCAAGGAAUUAUUGUCUACAUUACUGUUCAGGUAGUAUGGUUGAGAAGUGUAAAACUAUGUUUGUGUGUGCUCAUGAGACUGUGAUUGUGUGAGCUCACGAGAGUGUAUGUGUGUGUAACCUGGGCUGUUCCACCUGACUGUUCGUCCCUCAGAAUCACUUUGCACCUGAAGAUCUGCUUUCCCCCUCACCUGCUGAAUCCCAUGUGAGCCUUACCCACGGAUCAUCAACACGCCCUCCUGUUCCCCCAUUUGCCAUCCAGGUGGAGUCCGAGGAGACUGUCCUCUACCCACGGGUUCACGACCUUUACCCCCGCAUUAACCUCUGCCCUCCGAAUGGA